AUGUCACGCGAGAAGUUCACCAUUACUGAGCAUCUUGUCCCAGGUAGCCACAUUAGAGAAUACCCAGGGAGCACCGUGAGGCAGGAAGAUAUAUUAAUGCUUCAUGUCAAACAAUAUACCCCAAGAUAUGAAGGUCCCGUUCCAGCCGAUGCGAUUAGUUUAAUUGCCGCUCAUGGACUCGGCCUACCAAAGGAACUGUAUGAACCACUGUGGGACGAGCUCCUGGAACAAGCUGCCGGCUUCCAUAUUCGUGGUAUCUGGGUGGCCGACGUCGCCAGUAUGAACCAAAGUGGGAUCCAUAACGAGGAUAAGCUUAGUAUGGAUUGUUCUUGGUUGGAUCACUCGCGGGACCUCUUCUUGAUGAUCAACCAUUUUCGUGAGCAGAUACCACGCCCUCUCGUAGGAAUUGGCCACAGCUUUGGUGGAAAUAUCAUCACGAAUCUUGCCUAUAUGCAUCCGCGCCUGUUCACAACCCUCCUCCUUAUCGAUCCUGUGACCCAGCUAAGUCUUCCCCCCAUGGGCUUCGGCACCGAUCCUCCAGGCCCGAUGAAUUACACACUAUGGCGCAACGACAUAUGGCCCAGCCGCGAGGCAGCCAUAUGCGCCAACCGUGGCCUCAUCCACGGUUGGGAUCCUCGGUGUGUGGAUCGCAUGGCGAAGUACUACUUUCGCGAGCUACCCACUCCACUUUAUCCGGAUAUCGAGGCCAUUAAGGAGCGCUUUGACAUUGCAGCCGAUACCGCAGCUAUUCCGGUCACCCUCACAACCCCCAAAUACCAGGAGGUUGUCGCUCAGACCCGGCAAAACUUCAACGCCCGGUCCCCGACUACGGGCCGAAUGGAAAUUCCACGAAGCACGCAUGCCGAUGUGGAUCCAUUGGUAGCCCAUAUUCCCUUAUAUCGCCCAGAGCUGCGAAGUACCUUCCGCCGUUUAGAGACACUCCGACCGUCGUGUGUGUGGGUUGUGGGCGGGGCGACGUUUUUGAAGAUGGAUGAAAUUCGGGAAGGUAUCAGGAUAUGCGGGUCAGGCAUCGGUGGGAGUGGAGGUUUGUCCGAGGGAAGAGUCAGGGAGGUUGUCUUAUCUGGGUUGGGACAUUUGAUGCCAUUUCAGGAAGUUAAGACUGUUGCUGAGCCAUGUGUGGCCUGGUUGCAGCAAGAGAUGGAUCGAUUUCGGCGAAUGGAGAGAGAGUGGGAAGAAGAAAGGAGAGGUAAGAGUCAUCUAGUACUAGAGGAUAACUGGUACAAGGUCCUGAGACCAAUGCCUAGUGGACAUUACAAGAGCGAGAGAAAAGAAAAGCUCUGA